AUGACGUCGUUUCAUUCUACAUUUUAUGUAUAUAAUAGUAUACCAGUCGGAAAUGAAUCAUUAAGUGACUUUUACAUAAUUUAUAUCGAAGAUGAAGAAUUUUUUUUUGAAGAAAGUAUAUAUGAUUACGAAUUUUGGCAUACCACCAAGACCUAUUUAAUAGUUAGUGAAAAAGAAUUGAAUACUCAAAAAAUAUGGCCACAAAUCGAACGUAUUUGGGAAACUUUCAAAGUUUUUAAAAUUUCUUUGUUGAAUUUAAACAAUUUGAGAGUUUUAAGAAUAUUCGAUGACGGAUUUUACAAGUACGUUACUGCUCGUAAAUUGAACUACGGAAUAAAAAAUGUAAAGCAAUAUCCAUUACGAGCGGUUAUUUUUCCGAGAAUGCCGUCUAUAAUAUUUCAUAAUGGCGAAUGGACUGGACCAGACUGGAAAACAAUGGAAGCGUUUUCGAAAAGAAUGAAUUUUUCUCUUAAAAUAUCUUUUUUUUCAGAUCAAUCCGGGUUCGGAUAUAGGUUAAUAAAUGGAACGUACACAGGUGUACUGGCUGAAGUGGUUUACGGCCGAGCAGACGUGUCUUUCAACAGCCGUUUUCUGAACGAUCCGAUGAUUCAGAAGCCAUAUCAGUAUACCCUCACCAACGGCUUGGAUUACAUAUGUUUUAUUGUGCCAAAGGCCGAAACAUUGACUAGAUUGCAAAUUCUGUGGAUGACUUUCAGCGUUGAAGUUUGGCUGUGUGUGGCUGUUACGUAUGCGUUGAUGACCAAGUCUUUUCAACUUUUUAAUAAAUUAAAUUUGUCCGGCGGACGGAAAAUAUCUGAUCCAUUUAUGACUAGCCUUCAAGUCGUUUUGGGUAUGGGUGUUUGUAGCUUACCAAAACAUGUGGCCGGGCGUAUAUUGUUUGUAUCAUGUUCAGUAGCUUGUUUUGUUAUAGUUACUUUAUUUCAAGCAUCAAUGGUGACCAAGUUAAGCACAGAAACCAGUCAAAAAGAGAUUGACACAUUAGAGGAACUUGAUAAGAGUGGGAUGGAAAUCCGAACUUCAUUACAUUAUGUUCGGGAUGCUUUGGCCAUAUAUUCCCAUACAAAAUCCCUUGCAAAUAAAAUAGAUGUUAAAAAAGAUAGACAAGGUUAUAUGGCUUCAAAAUUUGUUUUUAUUGCAAGAAUUAUGAAUUUGAGUCUCUCGAAGUAUACAAAUUUCAUUGGGCAUUUUCAACAACAAGGUGUUGCAUUGCAUAUAGUUCGGGAAUGUCCACUAAAACAUCAUCUUACUUAUGCAAUUUCAAUAGACUUUCCAUUUUUGGACGAGUUAAAUGAUCUUCUUACACGUUUUCAAGAAGCUGGAAUUACUGACAAAUGGAAAACAGAUAUUCAAAAGUUAGAAUUAGUAUAUUAUGAGCCACUAAAUUCUAAUUCAUCAAAAGGUUUAAAAGCAUAUUCAUUGAAUGAUUUAUGGUUUGCUUUUGUGUUUUUAUUCGUUGGUCAUAUCAUUUCAUUGAUUACACUGAUGUUAGAAUUUGUUUUCAAAAGAAUUGAAAAAUGA